AUGAUCGGCAGGUCUUCCAUGCUGGGCCGCAGGUGCUUGUCCACGUCAACGGCUCGACGAGCCCUCUACAACAACAUUUGCGAGACGGUCGGCAGCACACCCACCGUCAAGGUGAAUCGCUUGGCGCCGGCGAAGGUGAACCUCUAUGUGAAGUUAGAGUACUUCAACCCUUUGGCCUCCGUCAAGGACCGUUUGGCGGUCGCCAUCAUUGAGGAUGCGGAGAAGAAGGGCGAAUUGAAGCCGGGCGGUACGGUCGUGGAGGCCACCAGCGGCAACACGGGCAUUGCUUUGGCCAUGGUGUGCGCUCAACGUGGCUAUAACUUCGUCUGCACCAUGGCCGCCUCCUUCUCUGUGGAACGACGGAAGGUGAUGCGCAUGAUGGGCGCCAAGGUAGUCGUGACGCCGGCACCCUUGGGCGGCACCGGGAUGGUCCUCAAGGCCGAGGAGCUGGCAGAGAAGCAUGGGUGGUUCUUGGCCCGGCAGUUCGAGAAUGAGGCUGGCCCUGAGUACCACGCGAAGACCACUGGACCAGAGAUCCUGAAGGACUUCGAGGGGAAGAAGUUGGACUACUGGGUCACGGGCUACGGCACCGGUGGGACCUUCCAAGGAGCUGGUGGGAGUACCUGGUCUUGGCGUGCGUCGCAGACCUGGGCUGAGGAGGAGCUGCCGCGACCGUUGAAACGUGGAGGCCGCUUCAUGAACCCCUGGACCACGCCCGAGGGCCAGGAUCCCUGCGAGAAGCGUCUCCGUGACGUGGCGCCGCCGAAAAGCACGGCGAGCACCGACGUCGACGCUCGACUCACACAGCCCGUGGACUGGGCCGAGCUGCGACGGCUGCGACAGGCCUCCGCGGCCGCACCGGUGGCCGUUUGGCUGGGCCACGCGUCGGUGCUGGGAUUCUACGGUGAGACGACGGUGCUUUUCGACCCCGUCUUCUCAGAGAGGUCCUCGCCCUUCUCUUUCGUGGGGCCCAAGCGCUAUACGCCCUCGGUGCUGCGCCGCGAUCUCAGCGACUGGCCCGAGGACUUGGCGCCCCACGUCGUCGCGAUUUCACAUGCGCAUUACGACCACUUGGACGAAGAGACUGUGAGGCGCUUGGCGAUACGCUUCCCAAAGGUCCAGUGGCUGGCGCCCCUCGGGCUGGGCGAGUGGUUUCAGCGGCGGAAGAUCGAGGUCACUGAGAUGGACUGGUGGCAGGAAUUCCCCCUCGAUCGCGAGAAGCAGCUCACGAUCCUGGCUCUACCGGCGCAACAUUGGGCCAAUCGUUGGCCUUGGGACCGUAACUGCAGUCUUUGGUGUGGCUAUGGACUAGUCCAUGGUGCACCUCAUGAAGCGGCGGUGCGCGACAUGCCCUUGUGCUUCCUGGGCGAUACCGGCUAUUGUCCCGUCUUCCGACUUCUGGGGUCUCUGUUUCGCAUCCAACUGGCCGCCGUGCCCAUAGGCGCCUACCAUCCCAGAUGGUUCAUGUCGCCCUCCCAUUGCGACCCCUAUGAAGCUGUGCAGAUUGUGGAGGACCUGAAGUCCCAGGCAGCCUUGGCGAUUCACUGGGGCACUUUUCCACUCACCGCAGAGCCCUACACUCAGCAGCUGGCGGAGCUGCGCGACGCGCGUCAGCGCGCCCAAGCGCUGGGCCAAAGCGCCCAGCUGCGGGCGCUUCCCGUGGGAGGGCACAUGUUACUGGACAGCAACGGUGCCGACCUGGCAGAUCUCCUGGCGCCGAAUGAGCUGCGCGCGUGA